UGACUCGUGCAAUUUUUACAAUUAGGAAGUGCGUAACCUUAAAUACAAAUGCAUUGAAAAUGUUUACGUAAAAAGAGUGCAUCCCCUCAAAUGUCUCGGUGUGACGGAAACUGAAACGCGGAAGCAUUAGCGGCUAAAUGUGACUUUCCAUCGUCCGACCGAUAAAUAACGACCGACUGUUCCUAUCAAUCGCUCAAGAGUGCGUCGAAAGAACUGGAGUAAACACACCGAAUGAAAAUAAACGUUGGCAAUCCCUGAGCAAACAAAUCGUCGUAACGGAGAACAGUAGCAUGUAAAACUGACGUCACAAAUCAAAAAUAAUCGUCACUGGAUGUCGUGGAUUCGUUGCCGAGAAAAAAUUAUGUGUGAAGCAUAGGCGCCGAACAAGAAACAUUAUACAUUUUUACCUUUUGUAACAUAUAGCGAAGUAUUCACUUUUUAGUGCAAUUUGGCAACGUUCCGGCAAGAUAAUACGCUCGAAUAGUCUGGCGGUUCCAGUUCUUCGCUCGGGCGACGAUAAAUCACCGAGGCGACACGCAUUGACAAAGAGCGUCCACUGAUCUCAAAAGCGCAGGCAAGAUGUCGACUUUUUGCCGCAUCACCGGGCGAAGCCGCGGCCUGCCGAAACCGAAUUAUUUCCCCCUCCUCCCCCCGAUCUCACCGGCCGACGCGAAAAGAUUCUGCAAAAUCACAGGCAAGGCCUACGGCUUGCCCAGCCACCACUUCACCCCCGUCCUGCUAGGACCGCGAAGAAACAAGGUCUCGCACUGUCACAUCACGGAGAAAUCAGAAAACCAGGACCCUCAUCACUUUUUCCCGGGGGUCGAGCACACCAUUCUCGUAGACUAUCGAUAUGUGAUACCGACUUUGGACGAGUCCCAGGAGCUGAUAGCGAUCCUGGCGACCAAAACCGUCGAUAGCACGAAAAUGUACGCGUAUCCGGUCACGGACCGGAACUGCAGUCUGGUAUUUCCGGCCAAGUUCGAGGCGGCCGUCCGUGAUGGUGACGUGCGGGACAUCAUGCUGGCCAAAGACUCCGACCAAGUCUUGUUGAAGCUAAAGAAAGGGCUCAGCGUCACGGUUGGGUUCACUGAGAUGCGUGACGUAAACGAGGCAGAGCUCUACGAAGGAGCUGGACCGAGCGAAGAGGUCCUGAAUGAGCGGAAGCGGAAACGAAGGAGAACUGGAGGAACCGCCAAUUGGAUGAAGGAGAUAUUUGAAAAGAAAGAGAGAGCGGCGGAGGAAGAGGAGGAGGCAUUGCAAAUGCAAAAAAGUAAGGCUGUGAAAGUGAAGAUUAGUAAAGAGUCUAAGACUGAUCCAUCUCCCAGUGAAUGGAAGAGUGUUACUGUCGAUAAAAGUAUCUCAACUAGGGCUGUGCUAUCAGAUACCAGUACGACGGCUCUACAAGAGCCUAUAGACGUGCAGAACGUUGAAAAAUUACUGGAAGUCAAAGGUACACCCGUAGUUACAAGUCUUCCGAAACCAAUCACAGCACAGCCCGAAUGCGUCGAUCUGAAGACUUCUUUGCCAGGUAUCAUCCAACAACCACCAGCAGCGUUGACGGAGAACACCAUCGGGUUUGAGACGGCUCCUAUUGCAGCUCCGUUCAAGCCUUUGACUGCAGAACCUAACGCAGAAGUGCAACAAGCGAUCAAAGAUAUCAACGUUGAAACAUUGGCCGAGACUGAGUUCGUUGCUCAGGUCUUCGACAUGGACAAAACGGAAAAUUUCAAAAAGCUUCCAUUAAAGGGGGAAAUCGCUGAGAUUAUAGAGAAUCUCCACCUCGGUGUCGAGGAAACCUUGACAGACGAGCAAGGACACAAGAUAAACGGAUUGAAACUGGAUAUUGGGGCCGCGCAGAAGUUCAUAGCGGGACAAACUGUGCAGACACCCUCCGGAAAGGUAUUCGUGCCUGGGCAAACAGUGCAAACGCCUGCUGGGCCAGUUUUCGUUCCGGGGCUGGUAUUGCAAACGCCUGAUGGACCGCAACUACUUCCAGGUCAGCAGGUCAUGGUGGAAAGCAAUGGAGUUCAAACUCCUGUAUUUGUAGCCGGGCAAACUUUACCAACGAGAGGAGGAGAAAAGUUCGUGUACGGACAAAUGUUAUCAUGUGAGGAUGGAACCAAAUUUGUGCCUGGACAAACGGUCUAUACUCCAGACGGACCUAUCUUUGUCUCGGGACAGGUUGUAGAGGAAAAUGAUGAGGUGAGAUUUGUUCCAGGACAGACAGUGAUGUCCGCUACCGGUCCAACAUUUGUGCCAGGGCAAAACUUCCAAAAGGGCGAACAGACAGUGUUCGUGCCCGGACAGACUAUUUUAGACGAAAAUAAAGGUUGGGACUUUUUGCCCGGACAGACUUUCACUGCUGAAAGCGGGGAGAUGAAAUUCGUCCCCGGACAAACACUCGAAAUAGGCAACGUUAAAAAGUUUGUCCCGGGUCAGAGCGUGGUAGACGAAAGUGGCGAGACACAGUUUGUGCCUGGAGUAGCAGUUCAAAAUGCGGAUGGUGUCACAGAGUUCCUAGCUGGGUUAACAGUCGACACCCCCAAUGGUCGGCAGUUCCUAGAAGGGCAAAUCGUAAGAUCUGAGUCUGGAAUUUGCAGCUUCGUGCCAGGAAAAACAACUGUGUCGGAAAAUGGAACAAAGGUACAAUUUGCAAUCGCCGAAACCGUCGCAGAUUUGAGUUUUUCAGAGACCGAUCCAAUUGGCAUUGAAACCAAAGCCUCCUUCUUCCCUACCAGUGAGAGCACUGAUGAAGUUUUUGGACAUAUGGUUCAGACAGCACAUGGCGUUGAAUUUUUCCCUGGUCUGGCUGCUGGAUUGCCCGAGGGAAAGGUCAUCCCCGGCAAGUUGACCCGCGGCAAAGAGGUUAGAUUCGUCCCAGGUGUGGUCGUCAACGAGAAAUUCGUUCCUGGUCAAGUCGUGCAAACUGACAAGGGCGAACAGUUCAUUCCGGGACAAGUAGUCGAAACUAAAGAUGGUGCCAAGUUUGUGCCGGGACAGAUAGUUGAAACCAGGUCCGGACCCAAGUUUGUUCCAGGUCAGACCAUUAAUACAGAGGAUGGACCAAAGUUUGUCCCAGGUCAAAUUGUAGAGACACGAGCUGGCCCAACGUUCAUUCCUGGACAGAUCAUCUCUACAGAAGAGGAAGGAUCUCGUUUUGUCCCCGGUCAAGUUGUCGAGACCAAGGAAGGUCCAAGGUUCGUGCCUGGUAGAGUAAUUGAAACCGGAGACUGUGUUACUUUUGUACCUGGACAAGUUGUUGAGACCAGUGAAGGACUGAAAUUCAUCGCUCCUGACUUACAAAGCUCGCCUGAGGGAGAUUGCGAAUAUACUGUGCAAGGAUUCGAGGUAACUCCAGAAGAGCUCAGUAUUUUGAACCUGAAUGCUCUAGCUUCCCAAGCUGCUUCGUCGGCUGAAAUGUCUAUCAAUUCAGAGAUGUUGAAACAACUAUCCGAAGCAGGCAUGUCAAUUGGGCGCUCCGUUCCCACAGAACUCCCCGUGGUUGACGUUGGUACUUUACCAUCAAUGAGUGCAGCAUGCAGUCUUAGUGAUAAAAUGAAACUUGACCCCGUAUCUACGGUCAAACUUAGUCAAGUAUUGUCAGUGGUAUCAACGUUGACUCUGAAUGCAGAGACUGCGGAAGAUGCAAGUAUAGCUCAGACCUCAGAGAGUGUUGUGAUUAAUAAGAUGUUAAAUAAGAUGAAACAGUAUCAAGAGGAAGAAAGCAUGGAUAUCAUCUUCGAGGCAUUGAGUGAAGUCUUGGAAGAAAACAUGACCGGGGAGGGUGAAGAGAAAAAACUGCAAAUUCUAGACGGUCUCUAUAAGUUCAUCUCGAAAUCAGAGAACAUAGCUCCUUUCCAACAACCGAAGAAGAUGCUCACUCUGAAAAACGCAUUAAAUGCCGACAUCGAUAAGCCGGAGGAGAUAAUAGAAAAGUUGAGCUCAGUAUUAAACGACGACGAGGCAGCGAUAUCAUCAGCGUUCCAGCACAUGACCAAGAACAAUCCCGAAUUAUUACAGAAGGUCGUUCAACACGUCAAUAAAUCGUUGAAGGGCGUUAAUGUUGACAAAAAUGCAUCGGAUAUUCUACAAAAAGCUAUAAUCGAUUCCGUUCGAGAGUCAAGUAUCGCAACUGUCAAUGAAGUCUUACAUAGCGACGACCGAAACGAAUUUAAACAACUCAUACUGCAAGCAGUUGGCCUGGCUCGUGCGCUGGGGAUGACACCCGUCGUUGAUGUACUGAUCGACGUCAUAACAGACCAAAAGUCGGCUGAAGUACUCUCUGAGGAUCCAGUCACGAUUGAAAUACUUAGAAGAUUGACAAUAAUGAAACAGCUGGCUGAGGAAAGACCGACUUUUGGUACAGCCCUGAAGCAACUUCAAAGUGACCCUGAGCUGGCGCGAACAGAUCCCCGACUCAGACAGCUUGUCCGGGAGAGUGCAGCUCUCAUGAUCAUCCCAGAAGAGUCAGUACUCCAUUCAUCGAGUGACAUACCGACUGCUCUGUUCCAUCCGAGCAACAGCUUAGCAAUGGAGGACUUCCUAGCUAGACAGAAACAUCGCGAUCCGUUGUUGAUAAUCAAACACGGCCUACAAGCGGUCGUGCCGAGGGAGGUAGCGCACUCCGUCCUCACCGGACAAGUACCCUACACGGUUCUCGACGAGAAAGGUAUAUCGCACUUCGAACCAAUGCACGUUCUGUCCGCCUUGCGGUUGCCGAAGCACGCCACCCACUGGUUCUCGAUGUACGCUUGCACCAUGCAGUUGGACGACGAGGAAUCCACUCUAGCCAGCUCACUCAGCGUGGAGGAUCUCCGAAGACCCAGUCUGGAAAUGCGACGAAUCAGCGUGGACAAGUUGAAGAAGCCCCCGAAACUCGUGAACGGCCACGGGGAGAAGACCAGAGAUGAUAGAGCGAAGAGCUCUAGCUCUGACGACGCGACGUUGAACAAUUUGGACGACCUACGGAGAGGUAGCACCGGUGACGUGAGAAAACGGGUGGUCAACGGGUCUUCGCAACAGAAUGGCGAGAGAGCCAAGAGCUCCAGUUCUGAUGACGCAACUCUUGUCGAGACGAUGGACUGCUUCCGGAAGCCGAGUAUCGAUAGCUUCUUGGACGCGGAGCUGUUGACGAAUAAACUUGCGAACGGACACGCGGAUCCGUACGAGUUGAAAGGUGUCCGCCUGGUUCGGGAUUUCGACGCGAAUGACGAACAGUGCAGUGAGGAGCACUCGCUAGUGAAUGGUCAAUCGAAGAUCAUAUCUCCCGAAGACUUGAGGAGGAAGUCGUUCGACUACCUGAAAACCUACGGAACUUAUAAAAAGCGACGGAGCAGUCGCCAUCUCAACGGAACCUUGCAGAGUACAAGAGACAUCUACCUUGUGAUCGAAGACUAUGUUCCCAAUCGAAUUGAAGAAAUCACUUUGCACAAAGGUGACUUAGUGGUUGUUAUCGACACUGGAGAAGAACUUGAAGAAGAACCAAAGCGGCCACGAUUGGAAACGGAGGUAGAGCUGACUCCGGGAACCGAGUUGACGGGAGCAGCUUUUCUGGACAGCUCAGCGGCCAAACAUAAACUCUCCGUUCGGCCGCCCGACCGACGACCCAGUCUCAAAGGCCGAUCCAGAUCCGCGUCUCCAGCACCCCCGGCCGUAAAUGCAAGAUGGAUGGUGCAAUCGAUCAAGGAUCCGACGAAACAAGGGUGGAUUCCGGCGAAGAUCCUGAGGUUAGAACAGAAAGCCGAAAUCCCGGCUGAUGACCAAACCAUCCACGAAGCCCAUUUCCAACGCGAGGCUGUCAUCCGAGAACUAGUCGAAACAGAAGAAGAAUUUGGCCGAGACAUCAGGCGGGUGGUGGAGCGUUACCUGAAACCCCUGGACAACAACUCAGUACCCAGGAUCAUACGAGACAACAAGGAUCUGAUCUUUGGAAACUUAAAACAGAUCUCAGAUUUCCAUAAUACAGUGCUAAUCGAGGGGGUCAAAUAUUACGCAAAUGAGCCGCGAUUAUUGGGGAAGACAUUUCUCAGACUGGAAAGGGAUUUUGACAAACAUGUCACGUAUUGUCGGGACGAACCAGCAGCUCAAGAAUUUUUAAAUGAAAACACAGAUGUGCGGGAUUACUUCGGGGAGGUGGGUCAUCGGCUUGCUGACGACAAAUCGUUAAGUGAACAUUUGAAAUUACCAAUCCAAAGGAUUAACGACUACCAAUUACUUUUAAAGGAAUUAGUGAAAUUAUCAAAUCUAUUGGGAGAAGACACAACUGACCUAAACCGGGCGCUAGAGUUGAUGCUAGCAGUGCCCCACCGGGCCAACGACAACAAAUUCAUCGGUAACAUCGAGGGAUACCACGGCAACAUCCACAAGCUCGGACGACUUCUCAGACACGACUGGUUUAGAAUAAGUCACAAGGACGGAAAGUCAAAAGAACGAUAUUUAUUUUUAUUCAAAGCUCGAAUUUUAGUGUGUAAAGUAAGGCGUAUCUCGCAAGAUAGAUCCGUAUUCGUUCUCAAAGAUAUCAUUAGAUUACCAGAAGUUGAAGUAAAGGAUCAUCCUGAUGAUUCGUUAGUUUUCGAAUUGCACAGUAAGAUUCCAAGCAAUGGCGAGUACCCACUCACUAUAACAGCUCAUAAGGAUAACGUCAAGUUUUCGUGGCUCAACGAAAUACGAUUGUACUCUGCUGACGUCUUGGCCCUCGCCGAGCACGCAGCGGACGACCUCCGGCUCCAAGAGAAGGAGGACGACAAGCACUUCGAGCCGCUGAAAGGCGUGGAGCUCGAGAUCACCCCGGACAUCGAACUCGAGCCCUUCGUCGCGCCGCCGACCGCCAAGCCACUGCGCCACGUGCCCGAGCCCAAGCGGCCGCCGCUGGAGGCCCCGAAGAAGUCCGUGCUUCGCGUCGGUGGAAACACGGAGGACAAGGAGAACCAGGAGUUCAUCGAGGCCGAACAACGGCCGAGUAUAACCGAGCAACGGCCGAGUAUAACUGAACAUCGCUCGAGUAUAAGUGAGCAUCGCUCGAGUAUAAGCGAGCGUCGGCCGAGUAUAACCGAACAUCGGCCGAGCAUAGGCGAGGUCGUCAUCUCGGAGUCAUCCAAGUCCGUUCAAGAAGUCCGUUCCUCGCAGUAUAUCCAGGAAGAGGAAUCCAAAAUGAGUAUCCGCUCCGUUAAAACCUCCGAGUACCGCUCGGUAACAUCAAGCGUGAGCGAGGAGGUCUACAUGGAGACCUCCUCGAACCAGAUGGAGCAGGUGGCCUCCUCGACCUCCUCCUCCUCUCGGAGCUACAAGAAAAUGGAGCACUCCGUCGACGGGAAAACCAUCUCGCAUGUUGAGGAGAUCUCCUCGACGCAGGGCGGCUACGGUGACCUCUCCGGCGGAGGCGGAGCCAUUGACCGCCGUCAGUCGCUACUCUCCAUCCAGGAGCUUGUCUCCGCGCGACGAUCUUCUCAGGUUGACUCCUUAGCCUCCUCCGCCAGUUCACUCUUCUCUAAGCCCAUCGCUGGAUCCGCCGUCGAACCCGGUGACAAUGCUGUGUUCGAGGUGGCGAUCGACAGCUCGGAGGUGACAACUUUGUCAUGGCUGAAGGACAACAAAAUCCUCUCGGACAAGUUGGCCGACCGCAUUUCGGCGACCAACACGGACUCCAACUUCAAACUGGAGAUCAUGAACGUUCGGCCCUCCGAUUCUGGAACUUACACCGCCCGCGCCUCCGAUUCUUCCGGAACCGUCUCCUCUUGCACGGCCCAACUCAUCGUCGAAGAACUGACACCAGAAGAGAAGAAGAGACGGCUGGAGUGCAACAAUCCGGUCUUCCUUGUCAGGUUAAAGGACACUGAAGUCUUAGAAAACACAUUUUUACGGUUCAUCAUCAAAGUUAGAGGAAGUCCCAUGCCCAGUGUCACAUUUUUCAAGAAUGGCGAGUUGAUUCAUAAUUUUGAAGAAAACGUCAAAAUAAUCGAAGACAAAUCAGACUCUGGAUUUUAUGAAUUAGUCAUUUUGAACGUGAAACCUAGCGAUGCGGGAACUUACAAAUGUAUCGCCAGCAACGAGUACGGAGAAGAAUCCUGUGAAGCAAAAUUGUCUGUGACAGAUGAUAAAGAUAUCUGGGCAGAAUUUGAGACCGGUGGCUUACAGCCAGGUGAAAAGCCUGUCUUCUCUUGGUUCCGAGAUGGAGUGCCAUUUGAUCCAAAAGAAAGAUUCAGCAUUGCAUACAAGGACAAAGAGGAUUCCCUCCAGAUGGAAUUCAAAAAUGUUACGCCGGAAGACGCUGGCCUCUACACUUGUGUUGCUGCAACCAACAGUGGCAAGAUAGCAUGCAGUGCUGAGCUCACUGUCCAAGGGGCCUCCAGUUUCACGGGAACUCCAGUCAAACCUGAGAUAAAACCUGUAGAAAAAAGAGUUGAAGUUACGCUAGAUGAGACUGCGAUGGUUGAAGCGAAGAUUUCUGGAGCACCAAAACCAAAAAUCACAUGGUCCAAAGAUGGUCAAGAAAUCACUGCAGGUGGUCGAUUCAAAUUCUUGUGGGAGGAUGAGGAAACAAUGGCCCUUGUUAUCAAGAAUGUUUGUCAAGAUGAUGCGGGAGAUUAUGUGGUCAAUGCGCAUAAUGAAUCCGGUGUUGAUACGCAAGUCAUCAAGCUUGUUAUCAGAGCGGGAGCAAAAUUCAGAAGUUACUGGGAAGAUCACACCAUAAUGGAGAACCAUGAGAUAAAACUUUCAAUUGGUUUAGAUGGUGCUCCAACUCCAGGAGUAAUAUGGUACAAAGAUGGUAAAGUUAUAAACUCGUCAGACCGAGUCAAACUAUCUUAUGAUGAGGAGAGCACAACUCACACUUUGUACAUACAAAGAGCGUCAAUGGAAGAUACUGGCUCAUAUUCAAUCAUCGCCACCAAUGAGCUCAGUCAAGACUCUGCGUUCAGCAAAAUCCAAGUCAUGGCUGGUCCAAGAUUCACGAAAGAGAUGCCCAAAGCAAUGACCACGAAAGAAGGCGAUAACGUAACAUUCCAAGUUAAAGUCAAGGGAGACCCUGAGCCGGAAGUUAAAUGGAUGCGCAAUGACCAAGAAAUCGUCAUUGAUGAUGCCCACUGGAAAUACUCAGUGGAUGGUGAAUUCCAUACCCUGCAGCUUUGUAACAAUACGCGAGCAGACACAGGUGAAAUAACUUGUGAAAUUUCUAACAACCAUGGCACAAACUGGAACACGUGUCAAAAUAAUGUACGCUGUGCGCCCAUCUACAGGGAUGCUUUAAGUGACUUCUUUGCAAAGGAAGGUGACACAGACGUUGAGUUUAUGGUCAAAGCUGAAGCAUUCCCCAAGCCAAAAGUCCGAUGGUUCUUCAACAAUGUAGAAAUCACCGAGAAAAACACAGAGUUUGAGCGCACUGAAGAAGGGCCCGACAGAGAAAAUGUUACAAUGUACAAACUUAUUCUGAAGGAUGCAACAAUAGACAAAGCAGGUGCCUACAGAUGUAAAGUAUCCAAUGACCUCGGUGGAAAAGAAACUAACUGCGCCCUAACUGUUAAAUGUAAACCUAAAAUCAAGAAAGAGCUGGAGGAUCUUGUGAUUGAUGAAGGCGACACACUCAAUUUAACCAUUGAAUGCUUUGGUGUGCCUGAGCCUGAGAUUACCUGGUACAGAAAUGGACAAGAGGUGACCGGGGACUCGCGCAUCACUAUAUCCCGCGACAAGAAGAGGGUAGAGGAAUACAAUCUUUCAGUCACUCUCACCAAGUCGGAGGAUGGCGGAGAGUACGAAGUCCGAGCUACCAACGAAAUGGGCACCUCUGUCACCAAGAGCUACGUAACCGUUCAUUCCAAAUCCUCAACUGAUGAGAAAACUGAAGAAGAAGUGCGCAAACAAAGUACCACGGAAAUCACCGAUGAGCUCACGGAAAAGAUCACCAAAGAAGAAGAUAAUAAUGAGGAAGUAAAGAUUAAAAACAAAAUCAAUAAAGAGAAAACCGAAGAUAAAAAUGAAGUUAGUCCAAAAAUUGAAGAGCCACAGACGCCCAUUAGAACUGGCCCCGACGGUUUUUUGCGGCGAAAAAAAUUAAUUAUCGAGAACUUAGGCGAUGAAGGAAGUUACCCAAGAACAUCCUCUCCGAGCGAGAAGGACGCAUUCUCUUGUGUAGAAAUGCAGUAUGAACGAUUGACUUCAACAGACUUGGCCUCUUCAAGCAAAGGUAUCGUUGAGGAACCAGCAGAGGAACACAUCAUCAAAGUAUCUGUUCAAAGAGGUGUAUCAAUAGUUUCUGUCCAUGAAUCUGAUUCAAGUUUUUCGCGGCAGAUAAGUUUGGACAAUGAUAACUCCCUUGAGAAUAUUCCUGAGUUUGAAAACUCAGUCAAAAGAACGAAGCAAGUCUCAUGGUCUAUUUUGGAAGACGAACAUCCUGCAUUAGCAGCCAACAAGUCUGAUCUCAUCAUUAAUGAUGAAUCCUCUUCUGUGAAGAAUAUUAAAGUUUGCCGAGUGGAAGUAGAAGAAAAUUCCACGGGCAAAACUAAACAUCAAAACAUAGUUUAUGAAACUACGAAGAUAGAAUCACAAGAUGAACAACAAACCAAACCUAAUGGACCUCUAACGAAUGGCAAAGCAGAAGAAACAAUGGAUCUAAAUGAAAAACAUGAAGAACGUAGGUCCUCCGUCAUUGAAAGAUUACUAAACCGAAAACGGUCAUCAAUUUUGAAUGACGAAGAAAAUAACCCUCUAGUCUUUUCUUCUCAAAGGACAUCAACAUCUUCAGAAGUAGAAGAGAGUGAUAAACGUUCAAGGAAAACAUCAUCUGUCUUUGAAGAUGAUAAGAAUACUGUCAUAAACAAUGAAUCCGAUACACCCAAGAAAUCAUCUGUGGAAGAGGAUAGACCAAGACCUCGUGACCGGAAGAUAUCAUCCAUAAAAAAAUCCGUCAGCAUUAAUGAUGAUGAAAAAUCAGCUGUCUCAUCCAACACUACAAGUAGAAGAUCAUCUCUUUUAAGGAAUGAAAAUGAAGGAAAUUCUCAGUCAAGAAAAUCAUCAUUUGCAAAAGACAGCAAUGAUGAGCAUGUCAGAAGACGCUCUUCAGUUUUGAAAGAUCUUGAAGAUAAACCUCUUUCCUCCAGAAAUUCGUCCAUCUCAAAUGAUGAAGAUGAACCUCUGGCUUCUAGAAAAUCAUCUAUUUUAACUGAUGAAAAUAAACCAUACUCAUCCAGGAAGUCAUCCAUUUUAAACGAUGAAAAUAAACCUCUAACCCCUAGAAAAUCGUCUAUUUUAAAUGACGAAGACAAACCUCUUUCUUCCAGAAAAUCAUCCAUUUUAAAUGAUGAAGACAAACCUCUUUCUUCCAGGAAAUCAUCAAUUUUAAAUGAUGAAGACAAACCUCUCUCUUCCAGAAAAUCAUCAAUUCUAAAAGACGAGGAUAAACCUCUAACCUCUAGAAAAUCGUCUAUCUUAAAUGACGAAGACAAACCUCUUUCCUCCAGAAAAUCAUCCAUUUUAAAUGAUGAAGACAAACCUCUCUCUUCCAGGAAAUCAUCAAUUCUGAAAGACGAAGAUAAGCCUUUGUCCUCUAGGAAAUCUUCUUUGAUAACUGAUGAGGAUAAACCUCUCUCUUCUAGGAAAUCAUCCAUUUUCAAUGAUGAAGACAAACCUCUCUCUUCUAGGAAAUCAUCAAUUUUAACCGAAGAAGAUAAACCUCUUUAUUCCAGAAAAUCGUCAAUUCUUAAAGACGAAGAUAAGCCUUUGUCCUCUAGAAAAUCUUCAAUGAUAAGUGAUGAGGAUAAACCUCUCUCUUCCAGGAAAUCAUCCAUUUUAAAUGAUGAGGAUAAACCUUUCUCCUCCAGAAAAUCAUCAAUUUUAAUAGAUGAAGACAAGCCUGUCCCUCCCAGAAAAUCCUCCAUCUUAACUGAUGAAGAUAAACCUUUCUCCCGUAGGAAAUCAUCUAUCUUAAAUGAUGAAGAUAAACCCUUUUCUCCCUCUAGCAGAAAGUCAUCUUUAUUCACAGAUGAUGAAAGGACAAUUAGAAAAUCUUCAAUUUUAAAUGAUGAUAAUGAUGAAGAACCAGUAUCAGUGUCAGAGAGAAGAAAAUCAUCUGUCUUGACUAAUGGAGAUGACAAACAAGCUGAUUCCAGAAAAUCAUCAAUAUUUGAUGAAGGAAAAAAAGAUGAUUCGCCCUCAUUAUCAAGAAAGUAUGGUGUUGUGUCAAAUGAAUACGAAAAACAUUCUGCAUCCAGAAAGCCGGCUUUACUGGACGAUGCAGGUGAUGAUAAUAAAUCUCCAUCAUCCAGGAAGUCGUCAACUUUACAAGAUGUCGAUGACAAGCCAUUAUCUAGAAAGUCCUCAGUGUUCGAUGAUGAAGAAAAACAUCCAACAUCCUUAGAUAGGAGAAACUCAUCUCUGUCAAAAGAUCUUUCUAGAGACUCAAUUUUGGAUGAUAAAGAAAUGACAGCCUCUGAAAGGAGAAGAUCAUCCGUUCUGAACAAUGAAAAUGAAAGCCCAUCUUUUUCCAGAAAGACAUCUACUGAUAGAUCCUCUGUUUCAAGAAACGAUGAGGACAGCCCAUAUUCACCAUUCAUUAGGAGAAGAUCAUCAAUUCUGAAAGAUGAUAGUGACACUCCUACCGCAGCUACUAGAAGAAGGUCAUCAGCCUUGGCCGAUGAUGAAAGUAAAACCCCAUUGUCAAGGAAGUCCUCCGUCAUGAAAGAGGAAGAUGAUAAGCCCGUAUUCCAAAGGCAAUCAUCUGUGAUUAAUGAAGAUAAACCUUUCACUUCGACUGAAAGAAGGUCCUCAGCAUUGAAGAAUACAGAUGACGAACCUUAUUCGUCACGAAGGUCCUCCAUCCUAAAGGAUGAUGAGGAUAAACCCUUCUCUAUUGGAAGAAGGAGGUCAUCCGCUCUGAAAACUUACAGUGAUGAAUCUGCCCCAGCGAGGAAAUCGUCAAUUCUAGAAAAUGACGAUUCAAGUGAAAGAAAGCUAUCUGUUUUAAGCACCGGCGAUAAUGAUACACCCUCCAGAAAAUCCUCUCUCAUUGAUAAUGACGACAAGAGUUAUUCCCCUAGAAGGAGGUCGUCUAUUUUGAAAAAUGAUGAGGACAAACCAUAUUCUCGUAGAAAAUCCUCCGUCUUGAAUAAUGAUGAUGAUAAACCUUACAGAAGAAGAUCCUCCGCUGCGACUGAAGAUGGUGGGUCUAGAAAAGCCUCUGUGUCGAAGAAUGAUGAAGACAGUCCAUACUCUACAUUCAUCCGAAGGAGAUCGUCUAUUUUGAAAGAUACCAGUGAUAUACCUAAGUCUCCGGAUAGGAGAUCAUCUAUUUUAACAAAUGACGAUGAGAAGCCAAAUUCCUUACAACGCAGGUCAUCUGAAUUGAAAGAUGAUGAUAAGUUCUCCUCUUACAGUCGUCGAUCGUCUGUUUUGAAAGAUAACGAGGAACCCAAAUCUGCUACAUUCAGUGAUGAGAAGUCUCCUGAACGCAGGAUGUCUGUAUUCAAAGAUGGCAAUGAAAAACCUCUCAAGAGUACACCAGUGGAUACAAAUGAUGUUAAGCCCUCUGAAAGAAGGUCAUCUGUCAUGAAAGAUGAUGACACCCAGGUGAUCUCUCCCUCAAGUCGAAGAUUAUCAGGUUUGAAGGAUGACAAAGAAAAGUCUCCAGUAUUCUCUGAUAGCAGACGCUCAUCUACUUUGAGUGCUUCCACCUUUGAGUCUACUCCUGUAGACAAGGAGUCAACUACUCCAAGUACACUCAAAAUUAAAGAUGUAGAUGAAAAACCUUGUUCUGCAAACCAUUCAGAAUCAGGAGGGUCUGAGUUCUCAGACGAAGAAAGCAAGGGAAAAGAGGAGGUUGAAAAUGUUGCUCCCCGCAAGAAAUCUUCUGUGUCAUUCAACGAGUCAGAAUAUGCUCCUAGUGAAGAGCAAUCUCCCAAUAAAAUGAAGGGCGUCUCUGAAAAAUCUUUGCAGAGAGAGUCUUCUUCUUUGAAAGAAGAUGAAAUAAAUGGCAGAGAUACCUCACCAGCAGAGUGGUCACCAGUGCUAAAUGAUGAGGAUAGUAAGCCAGCUCAGGAUUCUAGGAAGAACUCCCGUUCCUCGAUAUCAAAUGAUCAAAUACAUAAUCUAGAGAAGAAGCUUUCUUUGAGUAAGGGAACCAGAAAACCCUCUGAAGUUGAUGCCAAGAUAGAAGAUAAUAAUGUUCUCUCUGAUGUCGAGAAGCCGUCAACAGAACCGGACACUAAAGAAAAAUCAGAGAUCUCGACGAAACGAAAAUCUUCUUUAGAUGAUAAAGCAACUGGAAAGAAGGAAAGCGCAGUUGGAAAAAAGAAAUCAGUGUCAAAACCAGAGGAAAAAGAAAACAUUCCUGAUGAAACACCUCCAAGUAGCUUGAUCGAAAAGAUCGAGAGGCGAAAAAGUCUGUUGAACGAUAUCAUUAACGAAAACUCAGAUAUUCCCCAAGAAACCACUAGAAAACCAAGUAAAACUCAAGUUGCGCCUCAAAUUUUAUCAUCAACACUGAAAGACAAAGAUGUGUAUGAAUCACUUCCGAACAAAUUUGAAAUUGUUGCUUCAGCAGAACCGAGACCUGAAGUGAAAUGGUUAAAAGAUGGUGAAGAGAUAAGUCCCUCAGACACUCACACGGUCUUAACGAAAGAUGGAGAUACUCACCGGCUAGAAAUUUUGGCUACAGAACAGGCUGAUGCUGGUGUCUACACCUGCAAAGUGACGAACAGACUCGGUGAAGUUGCGGAAUCUGGAACUCUCAACAUCUUGCCUGAAAGUUUGUAUCGGUGUCCGAAAGUCAAAGUUCCUAUUCAAGACACCAGAUGUCCAAAGCAUCAAUCUGGAUCAAUUGCUGCUGUCUUUACUGCUGACCCGAUUCCUGAAUUCAAGUGGACUCGAGAGGGUAAGGAAGUUCAUGCAGAAUCCAAUUUCACUGUCAAAGAAGAGGAGUACGGCUUGAAAGAAUGCACUGUUACUCUAACUAUUCCAAGAAGUGAGCACAGAGACACAGGCUUGUAUACCGUCACAGCCACCAAUAAGUAUGGCAUUGGGGAAUCGACCGGACGCUAUGAUGUUGUGUUCAAACCAGAGAUCACUACAUUCUGCGACAUUAUGUCUCCUCCUCAAGCUCAAGUGGUUCUUUCCGCACAUAUUCACGCUAAUCCAAAACCAGAGAUUUCUUGGAUCAUUGAAGAUGAGAAGAUUGACAUCAAGGCGGAUGAACGUCUUCGUUCGGAGCGAGAUGAAGAAAAAGAAAUCUACAGUCUUGUAAUUAAUGACACCAAGCGAACGGAUGAAAACAUGUACACUGUCGUAGCAACAAAUGAAUUUGGUGAAAGCACAAAGAGCGCCCGCCUGAGAGUGCAAACUGAUGAACCAUCUUUUGUCAAAGUGCUUCAAGACCAAACCAUCAAAGAUUACGAAUAUGCUGAGAUAAAAGCCCGUGCAUAUGGUAUUCCAAAACCAAUCAUCACAUGGUGGAAAGAUGGUGAGGAGGUUGUUCCAGAUGAUAAUAUAUCCAUAACAGUUGAUUAUGAAGGUCAGACAAACAGUACGCUUGCGUUCAAACAUUUCAGGGAAAAAAAUGUUGGCAAGUAUGUUGCCAAAGCAUGGAACAUUGCCGGUGAGGCUAAGUCAAACUGUAGGAUGAAAAUGUUCAAUAUCCUCCCAUCUUUCUCUACAACUCUCAGCAGAUCGGUGGAGUUAACGGAGAAAGAACCCUUAGAACUUAGAGCUAAGGCAGAUGGUAGCCCUGCACCUUCAAUCAAAUGGUUCAAAGAUGGCGAGCCUUUAGAAGCAGAUGACCGGGUCAAGAUCUGGUCAACACCUGACGGCUGGCAAUUCCUGAAAAUAGAAUCUACGGUACCAUCAGACAGUGGCUCCUAUAAGAUAGUUGCUACCAAUCAGACAGGAGACUGUGCCACCACAUGCGGUGUAGGAGUUAACCCUGAACCAAUGGCUCCUGUAUUCAAGAAAGAGCUCAGCGAUGCCUUUGCUGUGGAAGGUGGAGUCCUGAAAUUGGAAGCUUUCAUUGCCGGUGUCCCAACACCUGAGACAAAAUGGUUGAAGGAUGGCAUCGAAAUUCAUCCAACACCAGCGAUCAACUUUGUAACCGCACCCAAUGGAGAAGUCGGACUAGAAAUUGAGCCGGCCAAAAUGGAAGAUAAUGGUGUGUACACUCUUCUUGUUGCUAACAGGCUUGGAAAAAUUGAAUCUACAGCCAGAGGAGAGGUCAUCUACAAAGAAAUUAAACCAAAAUUCAACACACAUCUCUUGCCGUUGAGCCUCGUCGAAGGUUUCCCUGCCAGGCUUGAAGUUCAGAUUGAGGGUCACCCUGAGCCAGAAGUCAUCUGGUUCAAGGAUGAUAUGCCUUUAGCUAUUGAUGGGACUCGUAUCAAAGUUGUAUCCUCCCCUGAUGGAACUCAGGCGCUCGUAAUUGAAGAUGCCACUCCUAGUGAUUCAGGUCUUUAUGGAGUCGUCGCCAAAAAUGAACUCGGUAGUAGCAAAACAGAGGCCCCUCUUGAAAUUCUGCCUCGUGAACGAGGUGACGUACCAGAGGAAAGACCUCAGUUCUUGCACAGCAUGCGCGACACAACAACUGAUGAGGGCUCGUCUCUCUCAUUGGUUGCUCCAUUCAUCGGUAAUCCGAUUCCAGAGGUAUUAUGGCAUAAAGACGGACAAGUCAUUCAUCCUAGCGAAAGAAUCAGGUUCUACUGUGAUGCACACAAGGUCGGUCUGGAAAUACCAAAAGCCGAUUUGGCUGAUGCUGGUGUAUACUCUGUCUUUUUAAAGAACUGCCAUGGAGAAGCAACAACGGCAGGAAAAGCUAACGUUCGCAAACUAUACCAAGCACCCACAUUCAUACAGAGGUUCACAGACCUGCAGCAGAUGCCAGGAUACAAUGCCAAAUUCUUAGCCCGCGUGACAGGCAUCCCAACACCAGAUGUCGCAUGGUACCACGACUUGAGAGGUAUCUACGAUGGUGGUCAGGGAGGCAAAUAUCGUAUCAAGCGAGAGGGUGAAGUGUGUUGCUUGUACAUCAACAACUUGGACAUUAAUGAUGCGGGCUGGUACAAGUGCGAAGCAACCAAUAAAGAGGGACACGCUGAUUGCGAUGCUGCACUUCAAGUCGUUGAUAGAAUAAAACGAACUCCGAAGAUUGAACCACCCUCGUUCUUGAAGCGCAUCGGAGAUUGUGAAAUCUUCCGUGGAAUGGCUGCCAAAUUUACCGCUUGUGUCACUGGGUACCCAGAGCCGUACUAUGAAUGGUAUAAGAGCGAUGAGAGGCUUUUCGCAAGUGACAGAAUCAAAAUGGAGAGAGAAGGUACCGGUAUCUUGAGACUCAUCAUCAACAGAGUUGUACCUGAGCACGAUCUUACCACGUACAAGCUGCGUAUCUAUAAUGACUACGGAGAGGCAACAUGUGAAGCUAAUUUGCUACUCGACAGCAUCGAAGAAAGCAGAGCUCGGAAACCGGUUGGUGACCAGUACACAGAUUUCACUAACUACCGCAACACAGGAGCUCCUCUGCCCCUUGCAGACCGACCAAUCAUCAGUCGCAUGAUGGACCGGCGACUCACCCUCUCUUGGAGACCGUCCCUUCCAAUUGGACCGCGGUUCCCAGUUACUUACCAUGUUGAAAUGGCUGUGCAACCAGAUGGCGAUUGGUUUACAGCUCGAACAGGUGUCAGAAGCUGCGUUUGUGAGAUCUCAAACCUUGAACCUUUCAGAGAUUACAAAUUCCGCGUAAGAGUAGAAAAUAAGUACGGUAUCAGCGAUCCCUCUCCAUUUGGAAUGACGCACAGGGGACGUUUAGAGCUUCCACCUCCAAAGUUGUGGGAUUACUUACCUCCGGGCAUCGAGUUCAGACCAGAAAGUUCACCCUACUUCCCGAAAGACUUUGAUAUUGAGCGGCCUCCUCAUGAUAAUUAUUUCCAGGCUCCACGAUUCUUGCGCCAAGAACAUGAAACGCAAUAUUGCGUGAAAGGCCACAAUUGCAACUUAUUCUGGUUUGUCUAUGGUUACCCUAAACCAAAAAUGACUUACUUCUUCAAUGAUGAACCGAUUGAAAUGGGAGGUCGAUAUGAUUGUAGCUACACCCGCAACGGACAAGCAACGCUAUUCAUCAAUAGAAUGUUGGAACGAGAUGAAGGUAUGUACGAAGCGGUUGCAACCAAUGAACAUGGUCAAGCAAGACAGCGAGUCCGACUCCGUUGUGCAGAAUAUCCUGUUUUCAUCAAACGACCAGAGGAGACAUAUGUCAUGAUGCGACGGUCAUGUAGACUGGAAGCCAAAAUAACGGGCGUUCCAUACCCUGAUAUUAAAUGGUUCAAAGACUGGCAGCCUCUUGCUCCCUCAUCCAGAGUUCGAAUUCAACACAUAGAGCCAGACACAUGUGUCCUUGUGAUCGCAGAUGUGAUCUUGAAAGACCAAGGAUUGUACAGCAUCAGUGCUCGCAACGUGGCCGGUUCUAUUUCAACCUCCGUGAGUUUGCACGUUGAAGAGAGUGAAGGGCAGUUCAGCUUCCACAGCUACAGCCGCUUCCCGCAUGCCAAGCUCAAGACAAGGAAAGCAACUGAUCUCUACGACCUUGGAGAUGAACUUGGGCGUGGAACCCAAGGUAUCACCUACCACGCGGUCGAAAGGAUAACAGGUCGCAACUUUGCAGCUAAAGUAAUGACUGGAACGAAGGACUACAGAUUUGACAUGACUGAAGAGUUUGAAGUCAUGAACAAUUUGAACCAUCGUAAUCUCAUCCGGUUGUAUGAGGGUUAUGAAACAACAAAGACUAUCACGAUCAUCACAGAAUUGGCAAGUGGAGGUGAAUUACUUGAUGUACUGACACGUCAAACUCAUGUAACAGAAGCUGAAAUUGCAUAUUAUAUCAGGCAAAUUUUGUGGGGUAUUGAACACAUGCACCACAAUAGUUUCGCUCAUCUAGGUCUCACGCCUGGUGAUCUUCUAAUAUCUCACAUUGGAGGUGAUGAGUUGAAAAUUAGUGAUUUUGGCUGCAGUCGCAAAAUCAAUUAUGGAAAAUUCCACCCGCUUUAUUAUGGUAUGCCGGAGUUUGUUGCACCUGAGGUGGUUCGUGGUGAUGGUGUUUACUUCCCUGCGGACAUGUGGUCCAUCGGUGUGAUAACACAUCUUUUCCUGACCGGAGUGUCGCUUUUCCGAGGUCGCGAUGACCAGGAAACCCUGUUGCGAAUCAAAAACAACCAAUACCAGCUCAGCUCCAGUCUGAGUGAGAAUGCGCGUGAUUUUAUCUCCAAGUUGCUUCUCAUCGAUACUGAGGCCCGAAUGGAUAUCAAAAAUGCACUACGACACCCAUGGCUUAACCUCGCCGAUAAACCACUUUCUGAUCCUGAUCAUUAUGAAAUUAGCACUGAUUGCCUGCGUAACUACUAUAACUCUUACAAGGAUUGGUACAGCAAUGCAUCCUGCCGCACAUGGUACAGGAGACGCAAGCUCGAAACUGCAUUCACACAUCCGUCCAGAAUGGUGUAUCCACCUGGUCAUUCAUACACUCCCGAGUCAACUCCACCCCCACAAAGCAAAUUACCUCCACAUCGAACAUGGGAGGACCAAAUUCCGUCACGUGAACCUAUUGAUGUAGAUAUUGGAAUGAUCAAAAAUGAGAGUCACUACCAGUAUGGUCCAGACACAUACUUACUGCAGCUGCGAGAUGUUGACUUCCCGGUGCGGCUCCGAGAGUAUAUGAAAGUAGCAGCUAACCGAGCUCCCCGUUUAAGCCAAGUAUUCGACCAUGAGUGCCAUCUUGACUGGAGAAUGCCGAUCAUCAGAGAAAGGAGGAGAUUUACAGACGUCAUGGAUGAAGAGAUAGACGAUGAAAGGAAAGCUCGUAUCAACCGUUAUGGUAACUUUGAAAGCUUAAGUACCCGUAGACUUCGCAAUGAGGUCGGUAUGAGACCUGAUACUCGUGUUGAGGCUGAGGCGUUGAUGGAUGCCAAGAGAGAGGGUCAGCCUCCUUUCUUCCGAGAAAAGCCACAAAUCACACCAAUUUUCGGAAAUAAAGUCUGUGACAUUUCCUACUUUGUCGUUGGUGACCCUGAGCCAACUAUUCAAUGGUUCAAGAAUGACUUGGUUCUAACUGAAGGCAAAAGAGUUAAAUUCUUACGGGAUGAUGAAGGGCGAUCUGUACUGCGGCUAAACCCUGCCUUAGAGUAUGACGUGGGAACGUUCAAGUGUGUUGCAAGAAACAAAUGCGGCCAGACAGUUGCAAGGAUGAGAUUGGUUGCAGGAGGUCCGCCUGAUGCGCCAGACUCUCCAAUAGCUGUGGAAACAUCAGACACAGAGGUUUUGCUGCGCUGGAAGCAGCCAAAAGAAGAUGGCCAUGCUGAAGUUGUCUGCUACCGUCUCCAGUACAAAGAGUCGCACAACCCAGAUUGGGAAGAUAUCUGCAGCACAAUCAACCACGAAUUUUGGCUUGUCAAAAACCUGAAACCGAAUUCAAAUUACCUGUUCCGGCUUGCGGCUCGCAACUGUCACGGCUGGAGCAAGCCAGGCAUUCCAUCCGAGCAUAUCACAACUGAGAAAGAAGAUACCCCAAAAAUAGUGAUCACUGUAGCGAUGAAACAUAUGCAGACAAUGAGCGAAAGUGGCAGAGACAUCUACGAAGACGAAGAUGAAUUGAAAUUGGAUUACAAGGUUGAAAGGGAACCCAUUCAAUGGAUUGACUCAUUACCCACAGACAACUAUAGAUUCUUAUCUGAAAUUUUCCGUGGCCGAUUUUCUGUCGUUGUGAAAGGUGUAAGAAUAGAAGACGAAAGAACAGUCGUAGCUAAACUUCUUGAAGUCAAUGAAAAGACGGAGAAGCAAGUGAUGAAAGAAUUUGAGAACCUGCGUUCUUUACGGCACGUUCGCAUCGCAGCUCUUCUAGAAGCUUACAAACCAUCCUCCCAUCCUGGUUUAGUUGUAUUUAUCUUAGAAAAGUUACAAGGAGCUGAUAUCCUCACAGCUUUGUCAAGUAGACACGAAUAUUCAGAACAAGUUGUUAUGACCGUCGUCUCGCAGCUUCUGGAUGCUGUUCAAUAUUUACAUUGGCGAGGCCUAGCACACUUAGAUAUUCAGCCAGACAAUGUAGUCAUGGCGACCACGCGCAGUACGCAAGUGAAGCUGGUCGAUUUUGCUGCCACGCAUUAUGUUAGUAAAUUAGGGACGAUGGUGAAUCCAUCGAACACAUGUUUGGACUAUGAUUCACCUGAAGUACUUUGUGAUGAACCUGCAUUCCCCCAAAGCGACAUCUGGUCAAUUGGUGUCCUGGCCUACGUUCUGUUGUCAGGCAAGUCGCCUUUCCGAGGAGAGAACGACCAAGAAACAAGACAGAACAUCAUUUUUGUCCGCUACAGAUUCGAACACCUGUAUAAAGAGUUAUCUCAAGAAGCAACUAGAUUCCUCAUGCUCAUUUUCAAAAGAUCUCCCUGCAAAAGGCCAACAGCUGAAGAAUGCCAAGAACAUCGCUGGCUGUCGCCAACAGAGUUUAUGAUUAAGAAAAGAGAACGAGCCAACUUCCUUGGAAUGCGACUCAAGGAAUACGCAGAGUUUUAUCAUAACCAGCGUUCAGCAGAAACCUUGAAGUCGGAUCUUAAAAGUGUCCUCGCCGUGAAAGCAACAGUUUCAAGAUCAGAUAGUAUUCAAGAAGAAUUGUCUAGCACCUAUGAUGACAGCCAUCUGUGUCAUCCGCUGAUAAUUUAAAAAAGUUUUUUUUUUCCAAGAAAUUUCUCUUCCACCAAAGCUCACCAAAUUUUUGAGGGAUGAUAAUUGGUUUAUCGGUUCACACUCAAGGAAAAACAAGCCCUAAAAUUUGGACACUUUGUGUUAUUUUCCACUGAUUUGAUCCAUUGUCUCCAAGAUUUUUGAAUGUUUUGCGAGAAACAUGAAAAAAGUCAUAAGGAACAAUGUUGGCUCUUGAUUUUUUACUUUUAUUGUUAGGUUCAAGCUCACAGAAAAUAUUUUCUUUGACUUUGCAACGUCUUCCAUCAUUUAGCAUUUCAAGCUUGCCUUUAUUCAAAUCAGUGAAAAAAGCAGUGAAAAAUUUAGAAUGCACAGAUGUCUGUAAUACUUUUGGGCUGCCGGCAAGAUUUCAAGGAGUAGCUGUUUGUUUUUUUUAUCAUAAGGACAAUGAUCUUUUUGUUCUUGGCAAAAUAUUUCAGUCAUUAUGGCUUAAUAAUCUUUAAAUUAUUCUAAAUGACCAUCAAGCUAGUGAACUCUAAAAAGGAGUUCAGAAACGUAGAUAAUCCAUACUUCCAUCUUUUCUGUUCUUAGCCGGCAGAAAAGCUAGGAUAAAAUUUGUAAAUAAUGGAAUUUUCUAUUUUAAACUUUUUUUCUACUUUUAAAUGUAUGCCACCUUGUUUCAUUCAUCAGUAAUGAAAUACAUUUUACAAAUAUUACAGCCCGAAUUUUUAAUUCUCAGGACAAGUAGGACAACUUUUUUGUCUCUACUUAAGUCAAACCAUAUCAUUCAUGGUAUGCUUUCUCACAGCACAUAGCUUUCUGGAGUCAAAUCUAAAUCAUACCUGCAAGGUAGAAUUUCAGCUUAAAUUUUUCAUCUGGUAAUGUACCAUAUAUUUUAUGGUUCUUUCUUUUUUCUUUGUUUGUUUAACGGCUUCUUCAAGGCUUUUAAGUUCAAAUAGUGUACAUCUUUUGAAACAGUCUUGAACUAGUCCUCUGUUGUCAAUUGUAUAUUUAUAAAUAUUGUGAUCUGAAGUUGCAAUAAUGUUAAAAUAAAUGUUAAGUGUUUAUUA